CGCCGGGGCCGUGGUUGCGGUUCCGGUUCCGGUUCCAGCUGCGGUCGGAGUGGGCACCUGCGGCGGCGAGGUGCCGCGGUGAGCAGUCAUGGCUUACUCCACUGUGCAGAGGGUGGCCCUCGCCUCGGGGCUCGUCCUGGCGUUGUCCCUGCUGCUGCCCAAAGCCUUCCUGUCCCGCUGGAAGCAGCCGCCGCCGCCGUCGGCACUCGAAGGAAAAUUGGGCCGAUUACCCCCUAUAAUGCAUCAUCAACCAGCUCCCUCAGAUGGCCAGACUCCUGGGGGUCGUUUCCAGAGGUCUCACCUCGCAGAGGCAUUUGCAAAAGCUAAAGGAUCAGGUGGAGGCGCUGGAGGAGGUAGUGGAAGAGGCCUGAUGGGGCAAAUUAUUCCAAUCUAUGGUUUUGGGAUUUUUCUAUAUAUAUUAUACAUUCUAUUUAAGCUCUCAAAGGGGAAAACUGCAGAGGAUCUGAAAUGCUCUACUGCCACACCUGGAAACACCCACAGGAAAAUUACCAAUUUUGAACUUGCUCAACUGCAAGAAAAACUAAAAGAGACAGAGGAAGCCAUGGAAAAAUUAAUCAACAGAGUGGGACCGAAUGGUGAGAGCAGAGCACAGACUGUGACUUCUGACCAAGAAAAACGAUUGCUGCAUCAGCUCCGAGAAAUCACCAGGGUUAUGAAAGAAGGAAAGUUCAUUGACAGGUCUACUCCUGAGAAGGAAGCUGAGGAAGCCCCUUACAUGGAGGAUUGGGAAGGUUACCCUGAAGAAACUUACCCAAUUUAUGACCUUUCAGACUGUAUCAAGCAUAGGCAAGAAACAAUCCUGGUGGAUUACCCUGAUCCAAAAGAGCCCUCUGCUGAAGAAAUAGCUGAAAGAAUGGGAGAGCUGGAAGAAGAAUCAGACCAUUUGGGCUGGGAACGUCUGCCCACUGACUCUAGAGUCCAGGAAGAUAAUUCUGUUGCCUUGUGUGACCCAAAGCCAGAAACAUGUUCCUGCUGUUUUCAUCAAGAUGAUCCUGUUGUCUUGGCAGAGAAUGCUGGAUUCAGUGCAGAUAGCUACACUGAUGAACAAGAGGAAACCACCAAAGAAUACCGGACCCAAGACUUUAGAGAUGAAGGGUUGGGCAUCAGCCCUGAUAAAACAUGUAUAGGUGGCAUGCUGAGGAAGCGUAACUCCCAGGGUUUAGAGUAAAAACAGCCAGUUUGGUUAAGUAUCCAUAACUGUAGUCCUAAGGUGACCUUUCUCUCCUUUCUGAUUUCAUUCUUGGCCCUGUGCCCUGUACUUCCUUCUCUGUGUUCAAAUGUCAUAGCUGUUGGGCCACUACCAGGGGUAUCAUGUAUCCUUCCUGGUGCUCAUACAUCUGUCACCUUGUAAAACAUAGACAUUACUGUGAACACAAGACAGCUUCACUCUCUCUUCCUUUCUUUUCCCUCACCAAGAAGUUGAUACAUUGAGUAGUUAUAUUUGGUCUGUCAUAAUCACAGAUGGGACCACUCAGGCAAAGAUCUGACUCUUCCUCCUAGGAGUAACAAAUGGUUUACCUGGGAACAAACAUCAUCUUACAGAUUAUGAAGAUUUAAGGUUGCAAGAAUGAAGAUUUGAGACUCUUAAGAUGCCUUAUUCUUUGAGGCUUGAGCGGGUUAGUGGCUUCCUGAGGUGAAGAGAAUUGUUUGUGGGGAUGAUGGGUGCAGAGCAGGAUGAGACACUGCUGACUGAGCUGAAGCCUCUUGCUCUUGGUGAAGGUCUUUCUAGAAACUCUGAUGAAGUUUCAGACAUCCUCUUUUCUCCAGUGUAGUGGAAGGCUCCCACUCAUCUGAGGAUGAGUCCACAGGCCUAGUAUUUGGAGACCGUUUUGCUAUGAUAGCACUUGGAUCUCUAGCUUUCUUUAUCCCUAUUCUGCUUAACAGAACUGCCAAACCCAGAAACACCUUUGUACCUUGGGUCUUCAGUGGCCAGAGGAAGCUUUAAAUAGAAACUUUAGUCCCUGCCCUGGAGGGCCACAGUUUGAAGCUGUCAGAGACUACCAUGGGUUGUGAUCCUGCUGUGAUGUACUCAGGCUGAGGAGCUCAGGCCCAGGAGCCUGCGGUAGGGGAGACAGGCUGUGCAGAUAAGGAUGUCUUUCCCUAGAAGCUGUUUCUAAAUGUUGUGUACUUGGGGAAAUUUGUUCUCACAACUAUGUGAAUUGAAACAGAAAUAAGGGCUGAGCUCAGAUACAAAGUGGCACCAAAACAAGGUAGUUGCUGUGUGUUUGUUGCAGAGACAGAUGUAUCAGUGCCUGGGGGAAAGAGAACAUGUAUUUAGUAUUUGAAUAUUCGGGCCUUUUGAGAAAGUUGGGAAAAGUAGGAAAUAAAUUAGGACUGGGAGCAUUUUUGACCAUAAAGCCCUUUCUAAGCCAUUACUUUUCAUGUGUCUUCAUGGGAUAAGGUGGCACCUAUGAAGUCUAACAUGAAGAAUGAACAAAUUCAUAGUUUACAUGUAAGACCUGAGAGUUUAAAGAGGGCAUGUUUCAAAGGACAUUCCCUGUCAUGAAAUGGGCAAGGCUCAAAAAUUAGGAAGUUAUGUAAAGGUAGAUACAGCUUUUUAGAAUUCCAUUAUGCCUGGCAUGUGAUGCCAGGAGCAUAGCUAAAACCACACAUAUAAGCGUAUAAACUGUUACUGGAAGGUAUAAGAUAAUAUUAAGAUAAUCUGUCAGCUCCUAAGAGCUAUUAUGUGGUAGUUGAACUAAAAAGAAGUCAUUGAACAUUGAAUCUGUAGGAAUUAUACUGCAUUGCAUCUAUCUCUGGGGAACAUUUGAUUCAUAUUACAAAGAAUGCAGCUUAAAAUGUACUGAAGACAAUACAGAAUAUUAACACUAAAGGUGAAAAAUGAUGUAAGUAAUCUUCACUGUUUUGAUCUCUUUUUUUUUCAUGUUAUUUCAUUCACCAAGAAAGGUUGAUUUGUGAAGAGCUCUUGCUGGGUCUCUGGUUCAGAUUUUUUUUUUUUCACCUUAGAUAUCACUCCCUUAUUAGUGAGAAGCACUCCUUUCUUCCCUAUUCAUUCAUUCAGCAGACAACAGCUCAGUGCUGGCGCCUGGCAACAGGCUCAAUUCCUACCUUUCAAAAACUCAAUUUAAUAGGGGAUCCUGACAGAUAAAAUGAACUAUGAACUAUGAAGACUCAAGAUUAUGAAUUCUGCAUGCAGAGAAAAAUGGAUCAUGAUCCUUCAGCAUACUCUAGCUGUUGUGUCAUCUCUUUAGGCAGUCUGAACCUUGGUUUCCUCAUCUAUAAGGUAAGGAUAAUAAAGUCCAGGACUCAGGGUUGUCAGCAUUCAAUGACAUAAUCAGUGGAUCUUAACAGCAUUGCUUCUAACUCACAUAAUGGUUAACUGUUUUAUUAUAUAAUGGUUUAUGCUGUGACUGAGGUAUGGAUUGAAAACUACAGGAGCAUAAAGGGAAGAAAGUUUUUGCAAAAGUAUUUCCAAGAAACUUGGCAGAGGAAGAGGACCUUGUGGCGAGCCAAGAAUUUCUUGAAAUUGGCAAAGAGAAAGGACUUUUUUGGCAGAAAGAAAAAUGUUGACAAAAGUAGUGAAGUGUGAAAAUAUGUAUCUUCAGGUGGUCUGAUGAACAUAUAAAUUCUUUACGUAGUUCCUGCUAGAAAUACUACAUCCCUUAUGAUGGGGAUGGCUCUUGCUGCCCUAAAUCUUGGUUGGUUUGUAUAUCAAGAAUGUACUUAUGCAUUUAUAGUUCAGAAAUUUUAGUGUACCUUUCAUUUAGGGUUUAGACAGUCCUUUUUUAAUUUUCCAGAAUUAUUUUACCCUUCAGGAAUGACAGUUUUAAGAGUAAAUGCAACCCAGGGUGACCAGAAUCAUAGGUCUGGGUUUUGAUGCUCUGGUCUUCAUUUCUUAAAACGUAGGGGCUAUCAGCUUAAUGAGUCCCCUAGGCCUAGUGACCUCUCUUCGAACUACGCCAGGAUACACAGGUUACAACCCUGGGGCAGAUGGCUGGCCUAAGGAGCAGCUGCAUCAUCUGGGACCAUGCUUGAUAGAGCAGGUGGGUGAUCAGCCAGGUCACAACAGGAGCACAAAGAAAGAUCUUAAAAGCUCCAAAGCUGGAGCCAGGGAGGUAGACUGAGAAGUGAAGAGUAUUAACCUCUAGAAAUACGGCCUGUGAGAACCACAUUCCUUGCACCUCCUGUGGCUUAGAUGAUCACCUAACAUAUGGUCCAAACUAGGGCACUUUGGAAAAAAGCUUUAAUAGUAAUUAUGCUAAGAUAGUAGCUAUAAACAAGGACUAAUCUGGACAUACGGUCUGUGGCCAUUUAAGAUUUUUCUUCAAUCUGAUGACUAAAAAGAAUUCCUUCCUUUUUAGAAUAUCCUGCUUGUACUCUUUCCCAUUGGGGCCACAGAAGAUAGACCAUAGUUCAGGUAGGAAAUACCCUUGGUCAUAUCCAAUUCUUGAAUCUGGCCAGGUGUGGUAGUGCACACCUGUAAUCCCGGCUACUAGGGAGACUGAGGCAGGAGGAUUUCAAGUAUGAAGCCAGUCUGGGCACCAUAGCGAAACCCUGUCUCAAGAUUUAAAUAAAAAAGCUGAGGACAUAGCUCAGCUGCUUGCAUGCACAAGGCCCUCAGUUUCAUCGCCAGUGCCACAGCGAAACAAAAACUAUGGAGGAAUAAAGAAACCCACUUAUUACUCUACUCUUAAAUUCCCCUUCUACUUGGACUAUUUGUAUUCCAAAGAAUUCAGUAUGUCACUUAUUCAACAAUACUGAGAAAAACAUGGACACACCUGUGACUUCGCCUUGACUAUUAAACCUUUCUAAAAUGUA